UUAUUAACCAUUCGUUGUUUCAUCUUUUGUCAGAUUCAAAGACGUAAACCUCUCUCUCUUUCUCGUCCUCUCGUCGUAUCCUUGAAAUCGCAGCAGCGACUAUAUCCGUAAUUUCUCACCAUGCCUGCCACAGCUGGGAGGGUUCGCAUGCCGGCGAACAACCGGGUGCACAGCAGCGCUGCCCUGCAGACACACGGCAUAUGGCAGAGCGCGAUUGGUUACGAUCCCUAUGCGCCCAAUAAAGAUGACAAGAAGAACGAUGCGGCAAACAACAGUGCGGGUGUCGCUUCAGAGCCUGAUUCCGAGAAUGCCUAUGCCAGCUUCCAGGGCCUUCUGGCUCUUGCUCGUAUUACGGGGUCCAAUGCUGAUGAGGUCCGUGGUUCGUGCAAGAAGUGUGGCCGGGUUGGGCACUUGACGUUUCAGUGUAGGAAUUUCUUGAGUGCCAAGGAUGAUGGUGAUAAGGAGGGUAAGAACCCUGAUGCAAUCCAGGCUGCAGUUUUGUCUGGCUUGGAGAAGUUGAAGGGGAAGAGUGUAGCCAAGAGUGAAGAGAGCAGUGAGGAUGAAGAUGAGGAGAGUGAGAGUUCGGAUUCAGAUUAUGAUUCUGAGAUUGAGAGAGCAAUCGCAGAAAAAUAUGGAAGAAGGGUUAAUGGUAGCAAGUCAAAAGCUAGUAAAAGUAGGAGGAAGAAGAAUGAUGAUGACUCUGAUUGGUCAGAGCUGGAUUCUGGGUCCAGGAAGAAGAGGGGGAGGUCAAAGAAACGGAGUUCUGGGAAGAGGGGCCAUAGUGAUUCAGAGGAUGAGGAUCAAGGACGAAGGAAAGUGAGGAAGGAGAAGAGAAGGAGAAAGAUUGACUCGUCAUCAGACGAGGAGGAAGAACGUAGGCGAAGGAGGAAGAGUAGGAAGGAGAAGAGGAGGAGAAGGAGUCACAAGCAUUCAGAUGAUGAUUUAUCUGAUGAUUCUGCUGAGAAACGGCAUAAGCGGCGGAGCAGAAGGGCCUCCUCGUUGUCCUAUUCUGAUGCCAGUGGCUCAGAUGGCACUCGAGUGGGCAGGGACAAGAAGCGGUCUGAGAAGAAGAGCAGGAAACAUCGCCAUGAAGAAGACUAGCUUCUUUUGAAAGUGAUUGUUGUAUGCUCGUUAAUUGCAUUUACUUAUGCAAGAUCAUGCUGUAGUAGACCUUAAAUCCGCAUGACAAGAUUUCUGAUGGAAAAAUAUUGGCUUAGUUGGUACCUAUGUUUUUUUAUGCAAUUGGGUUGAGUCUUUUAAAGACGUUCUUGUUAUUCAUUAAGUACACCUAGUGGAUUUGUUUAAUUACUAUCAUCUGGUGGAUGUAAGAACACACUUAUCUAAGAUUAUCAAACUAUUACAUAUUUAAGGGAUCAGAAGUAUUGGUUAUUU